UAAAAUUAAAUGAAGAUCUAGAGUGAAACUACAAAAGUGCUUAUAUGAUAAUAAUGGUUGAACUUACAAAUAGGCAAUUAUAUAGCACAAGAUUAAGUAAUUUGUAACAAAAGUGAAAUAUUUUGACAAGGAAUUUUGUCAGCAUUAUUCAGGUGGUGUUUAAUUUAAAAUCAACGAUCAAGGUUCAAACCUUUGAUGGCAACAAUGCCACCUAAUUCUAAGAGUUCUUUUAGGAGUAGUUCCGUAAGUGGGGGCAAAUCUUUAUGGGCCUAUCCUGGCCCAAACUUCUGGACUGGGCAUAGCCUUACCAAAAUAGGCCCAUCCAAUCCUUAGUGGGCAGCAGGCGCACAUGCCAUGUCUGCUCUCUCUAAGAAACACUUUGGUAAGAAGUAAGACCCUCAAAAGUCAUAACCUUUCUUAAUGUAUGUAAAUAUUACUCUUAGGCACAUUUAAUAUAUUAGUAAUAAAUACUAACUUAUACAAAAAGAGAGAGCAAUUAGUUUUGAUAUGCUAUUUUUAGAUGAUUGACAUGAAUCAGCAUAUUUCAGAUGCAAUCUUGUAGAAAAUCCACAAUAUUAGCAACUAAAUUCUUAUUAGACUAUUAGUUUAACCUUUUUGUGAAUCAAUUAUUCGAUUUUCUUUUAAAAGUUAGAUCUUUGAUUGGAGAAAAAUAAAAAGGUUUGCCGCUUAGAAUCCUAUUGAAUUGUCAUCUUCAGAUGUGCCACGCAACUGACACUUCACUUGCAAACCAACCCGCCUUUCAACUGCUCAGGAGCCAUACCUUUGAUCUAUCAACUUCUCUGCUUGAAAAAUCUUUGGUUUUGCAUUCACUUUUGAGGGCUAUAAUGGUGGAACUUCCCAAUCGAUUUACCUUUAUUCAUGAAAUUGAGGGUUUCAGCUCAUAGAGAAGCAGCAAUUCCAAUGGGAGAACUUAAUGGUGCAGAAUACAUAGGGAUUAAUGAGGUUCCAUCUCCUAGAGCAAAUAAUGCUAAGAAAGUUUCACUCUUGCCUCUAAUUUUCCUCAUUUUCUAUGAGGUUUCUGGUGGUCCUUUUGGUGUUGAGGACACUGUUCAUGCAGCUGGUCCUCUUUUUGCUCUUCUUGGAUUCUUGAUUUUCCCUUUAAUAUGGAGUGUCCCUGAGGCACUCAUUACUGCUGAAAUGGGCACUAUGUUCCCGGAAAAUGGUGGUUAUGUUGUCUGGGUUUCAUCUGCUUUGGGUCCAUAUUGGGGCUUUCAGCAAGGUUGGAUGAAAUGGCUGAGUGGAGUCAUUGACAAUGCACUUUACCCCGUUAUGUUCUUAGAUUACCUAAAAUCAGCUAUCCCUGCAUUAGGUGGUGGGCUUCCUAGGAUUCUAGCUGUUUUGGCUCUUACUCUGGUUCUCACUUACAUGAACUACAGAGGUUUAACCAUUGUGGGAUGGGUUGCUGUUUCGUUGGGUAUUUUGUCGAUCCUUCCUUUUGUCGUUAUGGGACUCAUUUCAAUUCCCAAAUUAAAGCCUGCUAGAUGGUUAGUGGCAGAUGUACACAAUAUUGAUUGGAACUUGUAUCUGAAUACUCUCUUCUGGAAUCUGAAUUAUUGGGAUUCAAUAAGUACUCUUGCCGGAGAAGUACAUAACCCGAAAAAAACUCUGCCUAAGGCUCUGUUUUAUGCUGUUAUUUUGGUUGUACUAUCAUACUUUUUCCCUUUGCUGAUUGGUACAGGAGCCGUUCCCCUCGAGCGUGACUCGUGGACAGAUGGAUAUUUCUCAGACAUUGCGAAAAUACUUGGUGGAGUUUGGCUUAGAUGUUGGGUUCAAGGGGCUGCUGCAGUAUCAAAUAUGGGAAUGUUUGUGGCUGAGAUGAGCAGCGACUCUUUUCAGUUACUCGGUAUGGCAGAGAGGGGAAUGCUCCCUGAGUUCUUCGCAAAGAGAUCUCCUCAUGGAACUCCUUUGAUUGGGAUCCUAUUCUCAGCUUCUGGUGUGAUAUUACUUUCGUGGCUGAGCUUUCAGGAGAUAGUUGCUGCAGAAAAUUUCUUGUAUUGCUUUGGAAUGAUCUUGGAAUUUAUAGCAUUUGUAUGGUUAAGGAUUAAGUACCCCAAUGCACCACGCCCUUUCAAGAUACCAGGUGGAACCAUUGGAGCCGUCUUGUUGUGCAUACCUCCGGCCAUUCUCAUUGGUGUUGUGUUGGCCUUCUCUUCGAUUAAAGUUAUGGUUGUAAGCCUGGUCGCUGUUGCGAUUGGGUUGGUGUUGCAACCAUGUCUUAAGUUUAUUGAGAAGAAAAGAUGGUUGAAGUUCUCCAUUAGUUCUCAUCUUCCUGAUAUCACGUCACAUGGACCGUUACUUCAUUGAUUCUCUAAUGAGUUGUGGCUUUAUAUGGUCCAACUAUUCCACUUACAUAACAGCUAUGGCAACUAAGUUAAGUGCAUGGAGAAAAGGCAGCCAGCAGAAGUGUUGUCGAGGUUCGGAUGUUCUUUUUCUCUUCAACGAUUUUAUGGUAGCUUCUAUUGUUGUAAGCUGUAUUUGCCAUGUCCCCAUGCCUAUGUGCUAAGUAGCUAUAGUUUCCGGAGCAACACCAGCAAAGGUGGUUCAAUGAAGGUCGUUGGAUCAUCCCUUUCUCUGUAAGGAUCUUACGGUAGCUUCUAAUCUUGUAGCUGUAUUUGCCCCUGUUCUUGAGAUUGUUGAAGUUAAGUCGCUACAAAUGAUAGUGAUUCAGGGAAUUGCUUAGAAACAGAUGGUGAGUGAAUUUUCCUGAAUUGAUUGUGUAAUGCAUAGUGUGCUAGUAAGACUAAUGAUUGUAGGUGUAAAUGAACGCAUAUGUUCAUAACUGAAGCCCGACUCUGCUAAUGUAAGUUUGAAUUCAGGUUGUUUAUUAAAGGGGAAAAAAAUGAAGAAAAGAACAGAUGUUGAUUCCACUGUCAA